GUUUAAGACUGGUUGCGUUGGAUUCCAGAGAACCGGAUUGGUCAUUUUGCCCAUUUUCUUACCAGCUAGGAGCUAGGUUGCUUCUGCAACAUCAGCUAUGAAGUCAGUGUUUUUGCAAGAGGUUCAACAGCAGGAUAGCAUCAAAGUGGAGGGAGGCAAAUGGGAAUCAUGUUGAUUAUGAUCAAAGCCUCAUGUCUUUAGAAACUCCUUACAGUCAGCAAUCAUGCAAGGUUAGUGAAUCAUUCCCUUACAAGUGGAUCAAUAAAAAGUGGAAAGAAGGUUUUCAUGUAACAUCUAUGGCCACCGCUGGAUAUCGCUGGGGCGUGGUCAUGUCAAGGAACUCACGAUAUUCUAAUCAGGUUGUAGAGUUGGAUUUCUUGUACCCAAGCAAAGGCAUCCAACAGGACAUGUUACUAAUUAUGCAAUUUAAGUUCGCAGGUCAUGUCGUGUACUGCUGCUGCAUCAUCGAGCCGGCCGCCGUGCUGCAACAUAGGAGCCGCUUCGUCCAUGGUGACUUCUGUAAUCAGGUAAAAUCACAAAUUAUCCACUAAUACCAUGGCUCCUAGGUUUAAUUUUGGUGGGCAAUCACAUGUAUUGCAUAGGCCUGUAGGGUUGUGAUCUGUUGUUCAAAGAACACACAGGAAUAGCUUGUGUGAAAGAUGUUCCUAUGACAAGUCUGAAAGAAUUUAGUUAGUAGCUAUGGUUUGGUGUGACUGCAGACUGAGCAAUCUCAUAUUGAAAUUUUUCUUUCCUUGUCAAGGCUGGCAAUAACUACAAGUUGUUUCUUUGUUCUUGAUUACAAUUUGUGUUGGAGAAGUAAAUUAGAUAUCACUGACAGCAUUUUAAAACCAUUAGCAUGGCUAUGCCAUCAAUAUAUUUGAUGCUUCAAUAUCAAUCAAAUUAUAUAGCUUUUUUCUUAUUUGAUUUAACAACCAUCAAUAUAUGUGUCCUUUUCUUAAUGGAUCUUAAAUAUACCCUACUUGAUCCUUCGAUAUCACUCAAAUUAUAUAGUUUGUGUUAUUUGAACUAUGAAUCAUGCGUUGUUUGGUCGUCUGAAAUUAACCCGUGGCGUUAGCGCGGGCACCUUACUAGUUUAAGUAGUAGGUGAAAAAAUUGAUCUCCAACCGAUCUUUUAAAUAGACUAUCAUUUGAGGCUUUUCAAAUUUCUUCUCCCACCUCCAAUUUGAUAGCUUUUUAUUUGGGCUGCCAACUGUACUCCACUGAAUUUUUUUUUUCAUUUGCUUCGUCCCGAUCCGGCGAUCCCCUUCGGCCCCCGCCCCCGCCCCCGCCACGGGCCUCGCCCACCUCGACGCGCUUCUCACCGCGCUCGCCCACGACGGCGGCGACCUCGACUUCCUCCUCCCGCCGCGCGUCGUCGUGGGGCCCGACGAGAACGGCCUCAAGAGGGUCAUCGAGUACCGCUUCGACGACGACGGCAACAAGGUCAAGGUCACCACCACCACCCGCGUCCGCAAGCUUGCCAAGGCCCGACUCUCCCGCAGCGCCAUCGAGCGCCGCCAGUGGCCCAAGUUUGGCGACGCCGUCAAGGAGGACGCAGGCUCCAGGCUCACCAUGGUCUCCACCGAGGAGAUCCUCCUCGAGCGCCCCCAGGCCCCAGGUCUGGAUCCCUCUCCUCGAUCCGCUGUCCCCAUUACUGAUCUGUUCCAUCGUAUUUUGCUAGCAGCUAGGCGCGAUCAGUCUAUCUCAGAUGUAGAGAGCCGGCUUGGAGGAAGAGGAACAAACCAAUGGCGAGUGUGACUAGGAGUGAAGAAUGACACGUGGGGUCCAGUUGUCAAUUGAAAAAAAUGAAAGUCCAAUUUACUCAGCAUGCUGGAGUGAAGAUUCAUAUUUGAGUGAGUAAAAUUUAGAAGUUGACUUUUAAAUAGAUAUUUGCUCACCCAAAUUUAGCAGUCCUACUGAGUUGCUCUAAGGGGCUGUUUGGUUUGAGCCUGUCAUUUGCUGCCUGUGCCAGGCAGCACCUCCAGGCCGUUGAUUUCAUUAGCAUAGAUUGCUGCCUGAGAGAAGCUGUCUGGCUCAGGCCUCCGACCAAACAAAAGUGUGAGAAGGACCUUCUUUGCCCCGAGUGUUGUGAUCUGGUACUCAGCAAAGCUACUGUUUGCCGAGUGCCAGAUGAGAGGCACUCGGCAAAAAAUGGAUUUUUUUUAAUUUUUCACUCUAUCUUACCUUUUCAUAAUUUCUUUUGCCAUAUUUGUUUGAAUGCAUAUUGAGAUAUUUGGUUAAAUUUACUCAACAAUGCAUAUUUGAUGAUUGUACGAA